GUCUAUUGUGAGGCGCGUGGUAGUGAUGGCGGCGCUCUGUGAGACUUUCCUGUCACUGGAUACUACUACUCCCAGCCCUCCUCAAAGCCGCCCGAGCAACCCCCUGGUCUUUAGUUUACAAGUGGCAAUUUGACUUGCUCUGCUGCAUGUCUGGAGGGACCGCGGAAAGUGUGGAGACGCCCCGGGGAUUAAGCGAUCUCAGCGUAAAAAGAAAAAAAGCCAAACAAAUAAACAAAACCCACCCACCCUAACAAACAUGAGGCUGCUGGAGAGAAUGAGGAAAGAAUGGUUCAUGAUUGGAAUAGUGUUGGCGAUCGCCGGAGCUAAACUGGAGCCAUCCAUAGGGGUGAAUGGGGGACCAUUGAAACCAGAAAUAACUGUCUCCUACAUUGCUGUUGCAACAAUAUUCUUUAACAGCGGACUAUCAUUAAAAACAGAGGAGCUGACCAGUGCUUUGGUGCAUAUAAAACUGCACCUUUUCAUUCAGAUCUUUACACUUGCAUUCUUUCCAGCAACAAUAUGGCUUUUUCUCCAGCUUUUAUCAAUCACACCCAUCAAUGAAUGGCUUUUAAAAGGUUUGCAGACAGUAGGUUGCAUGCCUCCCCCUGUGUCUUCUGCAGUGAUUUUAACCAAGGCAGUUGGUGGAAAUGAGGCAGCUGCAAUAUUUAAUUCAGCCUUUGGAAGUUUUUUGGGCAUCGUUAUAACACCCCUGCUACUGCUGCUUUUUCUUGGCUCUUCCUCUUCUGUGCCUUUUACAUCCAUUUUUUCUCAGCUUUUUAUGACUGUUGUGGUUCCUCUCAUUAUUGGACAGAUUGUCCGAAGAUACAUCAGGGAUUGGCUUGAAAGAAAGAAGCCGCCUUUUGGUGCUAUCAGCAGCAGUGUGCUCCUCAUGAUCAUCUACACCACCUUCUGUGACACGUUCUCGAACCCAAAUAUUGACCUGGAUAAAUUCAGCCUUAUUCUCAUCCUGUUCAUAAUAUUUUCUAUCCAGCUGAGUUUUAUGCUUUUAACCUUCCUCUUUUCAACAAGGAAUAAUUCGGGUUUCACACCAGCAGACACUGUGGCGAUCAUUUUCUGUUCUACGCACAAAUCCCUCACACUGGAUUUUCUGUCUUCCUUGCUCCUCAGGAAUUCCAAUGCUGAAGAUCGUGUUUGCGGGCCACGAGCACCUCUCUCUAAUAUCUGUGCCCUUGCUCAUAUACCAUCCAGUUCAGAUCCUUCUGGGAAGUGUGUUGGUGCCCACAAUAAAGUCUUGGAUGGUGUCAAGGCAGAAGGGAGUGAAGUUGACGAGACCAACAGUAUAACGAAGGAGGCACUCUUUAUGCAGCAAUGUAUAUUUGUACAGAAUUGUACAUACAAACAGUUCUGAAGACUUGUACUUGUGAAUGUUGCUUCGAUGCAUAUUUUAUUUUUUUACACAAGAAUGUGAUAAAAAAAAGUUUAAGUGCCUUAAAAUGUAUUGGACAGGAGCGUUAUUUCCAGAACCUACUUUGUUGGUUACUGGCAGGGGUGGUACCGUAUUUUGGAGUGGUUUAAUUUUUUUUUUUCUUUCCAAACACGGGAAACCAUGAUCAUGACAAAAAGCAAAUAUGUUUUCCCCGUACCACCUUUGGUGCAGAACAACCCUACACUAGUUACUGUGCUGUUUGAAAUGAGGUCACACCAUCAGGAAAAUGCCCUUCUGACGACAGUGAAAAUUUCCAAAGUCUUAUUCAUGAAUACUUUGAUUUACUGUGUGAUUCUUUGUUUCUACAACUGUGACAUGCCUCUUCCUUAUCAACUCAGCAGGGGUCAUGGAUUGCAUAGAUGCUGAAAGGCAUAAGUUAUCUGCAUUUCUUGACAUCAUUCUUUAGACAUUCCUUCAGAUAGUUUCCACACAGAAAUUCCUCAGUCCCAUUAUAAAAGAUUGUGGUGUUAUAUGUCUUAAAUUUAUUAUAAGCUGCUUCAAAGAAAGAGCCUGAUGUUUGAGUUUAAGUGAAGUUUUGAGGUAAACUCCAGAACUUGGUAGUCAGGACUUUUAAAAUUAUAUUUCAGAUAGUUUCCCUUUUUCUGCCACAAUUUCUUUCUUACCUGUUUUCUAGCACACUUGCAAACUCCUAACAGCCAAAUGUGAGACAUAAAAAUGUUCCAGUUUGAGAACAGCAACAAUUAAUGAUGGAUUAUGUUCACAUUCCACAACUGAGACCAAAAUUUUUUCUUGUUACACAGAUGUCUGAGCACAAAUUGCCCCUUUUAGCCAGAAGCAGCCUGUUUCAUCCUUGAAUUAAGCACACUUAAGGCAUUUGAGACAAGUUAUUAAUGAAAAAUUUCUUUGGCAGAUUUGACAAAUGUUUGCAGAAAUUUUUUAAAAUUAAAUCAUAUUGUUCUUAUGAAUAAAUAAAAAUAUAAAGGUCAUGGACACAAACAAAUUUACAUAUACACAUUCUGUCUAGCCAGAUGGAAAGAAAAAUGGGCACAGAAAAUGCAAAACCAUUCAUUAACCAAAAGAUCAAAUAAAACAGUCCCCAGUUGGGCAUCAGCUUUCAAAGGAAUAUUCAAUCUUUGCUUCCACUGGGGCCAGACAAACUUUCAGUAGAUCCAAAUAGAGAAGAAAGCAAUAUAGAGAAUUAGGGGAUGCUGUUCCUCUGUUUCCUGCCCAGCAUUCUGUCACAUCCUCUCUGCAUGUCCUUUCUUGGUUUGACAGACAGGAUUGGCAUCCUGGGUCACACUGAUGCUAACUGUGUGCUCAGCAACAGAAAAGAUCAUUCCUUUGACACCUACCAGGUUUACCAGUGGUAUAAAUUCGUAUUAUCGUCACAACCAGGUCUCAUCUUGUGUUUCUUCUAACCAUUUCAAUAUUACUGAAACUCAUAAAUU